CCCCGCCCUCUACUCCGCCUUCCUCCCUAGUCCACCCCCCCGCCCUGCUCCGGGGCGGUCCUAGCCGCUCACCGCAAGAAGAAAAGCCACCCGUUCGUCCCCCUCCCCUACCUCCCAUCCUUUGCCCAGGAGCUGCCUUGGCAGUCACGCCCCUUCCUUCUGAGGAGCUUUCUGGCUGCCUAAACUGGUAGACCCCCUGAAUUACUCCUCCGUCUCCUCUCUCUUUCGCCUCCUCUUCUCUUAGUUCUCUCCGCCUCCCCCUCAACUACCACCACCUCCAGUCAGUCUCGCCUCCGACCAUCCGCUGCUCCACCCUCUGGCCCGGUAUCCUGCCUGUCCACUGCCACCAAGGAGAGCCCGGACGGAGCAGCGAGGAGGGGAGCAGCCAGGAGUUGGGGCUUCCCCCCUGCCCAUCCCUGGCCUCUGGCCCGGGACCGAAGCCACUUGAGCGAGCAGAGAGUCGUCACCUUGUCUUCGUUGCCUUCAGGGAGCUGCUGAGAAGGACAAAUAAAAUAGCAGAAGUGAAAGAGCUUUUGUUUCCUUAGAAGGAAGGCUGAGAAACUAAAGAGUGACCAGUGGUUGGACUCUUGGCGGCGCUUACCCUGAACCUGAGUGUUAGGGGAGAGGGAAUCUGCCGUUGCGGUUUCUGGAGCUGCUCAUAAGCAAGAAUUCCCUAUCCUGAUCAAGGCUUUAAGCCUAAAAGAAAGCAGAAAUAGGUCAAGGGCAGCCCAGGUGCCCAAUUUCUCUCUCUCUUCACAAGGCACCACCAGCAAUAGAGAUGAGAAAUUCUGAAGAACAACCAAGUGGAGGGACCACAGUAUUGCAGCGUUUGCUACAAGAGCAGCUUCGCUAUGGCAAUCCUAGUGAGAAUCGCAGCCUACUUGCCAUACACCAGCAAGCCACAGGGAAUGGCCCUCCUUUCCCCACUGGCAGUGGGAACCUGGGCCCUCAGAGUGAUGUGUUGAGUCCCCAAGACCACCACCAACAGCUUGUGGCUCAUGCUGCUCGACAAGAACCCCAGGGGCAGGAAAUCCAGUCAGAAAACAUCAUCAUGGAGAAGCAACUGUCUCCUAGAAUGCAGAAUAAUGAAGAACUCCCGACUUAUGAAGAAGCCAAGGUUCAGUCCCAGUACUUUCGGGGCCAACAGCAUGCCAGUGUUGGAGCUGCCUUCUAUGUCACUGGAGUCACCAACCAGAAGAUGAGGACCGAGGGACGCCCAUCCGUUCAGCGGCUCAAUCCUGGAAAGAUGCACCAAGAUGAAGGACUUAGAGACCUUAAGCAAGGGCAUGUCCGUUCCUUGAGUGAACGACUAAUGCAGAUGUCACUGGCCACCAGUGGAGUUAAGGCCCAUCCACCUGUUACCAGUGCUCCCCUCUCCCCACCACAACCCAAUGACCUGUACAAGAAUCCCACAAGUUCCAGUGAAUUCUACAAGGCCCAAGGGCCACUUCCUAACCAGCAUAGCCUGAAGGGCAUGGAACACCGAGGCCCCCCACCAGAGUAUCCCUUCAAGGGCAUGCCACCCCAAUCUGUAGUGUGCAAGCCCCAAGAGCCAGGGCACUUCUAUAGUGAGCAUCGCCUGAACCAGCCAGGGAGAACAGAGGGGCAACUGAUGAGGUAUCAGCAUCCCCCUGAGUAUGGAGCAGCCAGGCAAGCGCAGGACAUCUCAUUGCCAUUGUCAACCAGGAACUCUCAGCCUCACAGCCCUACUUCUUCUCUGACCUCUGGGGGGUCCUUGCCCUUGCUACAAUCUCCAGCAUCCACUAGAUUGUCUCCUGCCCGACACUCCUUGGUCCCAAACCAGGGAGACCAUUCAGCUCACCUGCCUAGGCCGCAGCAGCAUUUCCUUCCUAAUCAGGCUCACCAGGGGGAUCACUAUCGUCUCUCCCAACCUGGCCUGAGUCAGCAGCAGCAGCAACAGCAGCAGCAGCACCAUCAUCAUCAUCACCACCAACAGCAGCAGCAGCAGCCACAGCAGCAGCCAGGAGAGGCCUAUUCAGCUAUGCCUCGGGCUCAGCCAUCCUCUGCUUCUUAUCAGCCAGUGCCAGCAGACCCUUUUGCCAUUGUUUCCAGAGCCCAGCAGAUGGUUGAGAUCCUCUCAGAUGAGAAUCGGAACUUGCGGCAGGAGUUGGAAGGAUGCUAUGAGAAGGUGGCAAGACUGCAGAAGGUGGAGACAGAAAUCCAGCGUGUCUCAGAGGCAUAUGAGAACCUCGUGAAGUCAUCCUCCAAAAGAGAGGCCCUAGAGAAAGCCAUGAGAAACAAGCUAGAGGGCGAGAUUCGGAGGAUGCAUGAUUUCAACAGGGAUCUGAGAGAGCGUCUAGAGACUGCCAACAAGCAGCUUGCGGAGAAGGAAUAUGAAGGGUCAGAGGACACCAGAAAAACCAUCUCACAGCUCUUUGCAAAAAAUAAAGAAAGCCAGCGUGAGAAGGAGAAGCUGGAAGCGGAGCUGGCCACUGCCCGUUCUACCAAUGAGGACCAAAGACGACACAUCGAAAUCCGAGAUCAGGCCCUGAGUAACGCCCAGGCCAAGGUGGUAAAGCUGGAAGAAGAGCUGAAAAAGAAGCAAGUGUACGUUGACAAGGUGGAGAAGAUGCAGCAGGCCCUUGUACAGCUCCAGGCAGCAUGUGAAAAACGUGAGCAGCUAGAGCACCGUCUCCGGACACGACUGGAGAGGGAACUGGAAUCCCUGAGAAUCCAGCAGCGUCAGGGCAACUGUCAGCCCACCAGUGUUUCAGAAUACAAUGCCGCUGCACUGAUGGAGCUCCUUCGGGAGAAAGAGGAGAGGAUUCUGGCUCUGGAAGCUGAUAUGACAAAGUGGGAGCAGAAAUAUUUGGAGGAGAAUGUGAUGAGACAUUUCGCUCUGGAUGCUGCUGCAACCGUGGCUGCUCAGAGGGACACAACAGUCAUCAGUCACUCUCCUAACACCAGCUAUGACACAGCUCUAGAAGCUCGCAUCCAGAAAGAAGAGGAAGAAAUCUUGAUGGCCAAUAAGCGUUGUCUUGACAUGGAGGGCAGGAUUAAGACCCUACAUGCCCAGAUUAUUGAGAAGGAUGCCAUGAUCAAAGUACUCCAGCAGCGUUCCCGGAAGGAGCCGAGCAAGACAGAGCAGCUGUCGUGCAUGCGGCCAGCGAAGUCUCUGAUGUCCAUUUCCAAUGCUGGAUCAGGCUUGCUCUCCCACUCAUCCACCCUGACUGGCACCCCCAUCAUGGAAGAAAAGCGAGAUGACAAGAGCUGGAAGGGAAGCCUAGGCAUUCUCUUGGGUGGAGACUACCGUGCUGAAUAUGUCCCUUCCACACCCUCGCCUGUGCCCCCCUCGACUCCCCUGCUCUCGGCUCACUCCAAGACAGGCAGCCGAGACUGCAGUACCCAAACUGAACGUGGGACAGAAUCGAACAAAACUGCAACUGUUGCUCCCAUCUCUGUUCCUGCUCCAGUUGCUGCUGCCGCCACUGCUGCCGCCAUCACUGCCACUGCUGCCACUAUCACCACCACCAUGGUAGCUGCUGCUCCAGUUGCUGUUGCUGCUGCUCCAGCUGCUGCUGCUGCUGUUGCUGCUGCCCCGUCUCCAGCCACCACUGCUGCUAUUGCUGCUGCUGUUUCUCCAGCUGCUGCUGGUCAGAUUCCAGCUGCUGCCUCUGUUGCCUCAGCUGCUGCCGUUGCUCCUCCUCCUGCUGCUGCUGCUGCUGCUGUUCAGGUUGCUCCAGCUGCUCCGGCUCCGGUUCCAGCUCUGGCUCUGGUUCCAGUUCCGGCUUCAGCAGCGGCUCAGGCUUCUACUCCUGCUCAGACUCAGGCACCAACUUCAGCUCCGGCUGUGGCUCCAACUCCAGCUCCAACUCCAACUCCAGCUGUGGCUCAGGCUGAGGUUCCUGCAAGUCCAACUACCGGUCCUGGACCACAUCGUUUGUCUACACCAAGUUUGACCUGCAAUCCAGACAAAGCAGAUGGGCCUGUGUUCCACUCCAAUACUCUGGAAAGAAAAACUCCCGUUCAGAUCCUGGGACAAGAGCCUGAUGCAGAGAUGGUGGAAUAUCUCAUCUAAAUGGCCAAAUCAAGAGCUGCAGAUUCUCAGCAAAAAUGCUUUUAAUCAUUUCCCCCUUUUAUUGGUUCUUGUUUUGGGGGUGAGGACAAGGGUUGGGGGGAGGGGAUGUUUUUUAACAGGACUUUUUGUUGGAACAAUGUACUACUUGAGUAAUACCAUGUGAACCACCAGUCUAUUCUGGUAUGCUUAGGGUGUACCUCUAAAGACAGAUUAAUCAGAAUAUGCUCUAAAGCUUAUUGUUUGAAUUUAUACAAAUACUGGGACUGUUAACGGGUGGGUAUACAUCAGUGCUUUCAAUGUGCUUAAAUUUGUUUAAAAUUUCCAUAUUCUAGAUCAUUUUUAAUCGAAGAGCACAGUAUGUGUGGAAGACAGUGUGUAACACGUAGUUUGGAAGUGGGAAGCUGGAGAGAAUUGAAUGUGUGCUGUUUUGUAUAGUUACUAUCCUGUGCAGCAGCCGGAGAAAGCUCUCACCUCAGGCUUACAAAAGGGAAUAGUUUCAGGAGCUACGUAAGCUGGAAAAAAGGUAGGGAGUUUUGGGGUGCAGAAGGGUGCUGGAGAUAAUUUUUUCUUCCAGUUUCCCAGCUACCCUGCCCCAGGGAAUUGUGUUUGUCUUCAUUUCAGUGGUGCUUUGGAAACGGAUUCUUUUGGUUCCCUCCUGGAGGUUCAUACAUUCAUAUAUAUGCUCUGGAAUAAUUUAUGCAUUUGGAUAAUUAAUAUAUUGCUUUCAGAUGCUGGGAGAGUACAUUAACUGAGUGAUGCACAACUUCCUCUCUCUCAGGGAGUUAGACCACCAGAGGCCUUGAUGGAGAGUUGCGUGAGGUGCUAUAUGCAGACUUUCAUGGUCUGUGUGUAGCCAUGAACACAGCUUGCUUGCAUUUAUUAAGACCAAUCAGCUUAGUGGUUAUUUCUUCUACAGCACAGAUUCACUGGCUGGGGCUCCAGUCUCAAAUUGCUAAUCAUUUGCAAAGUGAGGAAGGAUCUUUGUUGACAGGUUGAAUGCUUUGAAUUUCUGGUGACUACUUUGAAAUAACUUGUUUUGUGUGUCAAAUUCUAAGCAUAUGUCUUAAAAGGCAUUUUUGACUAUCAUCUCCAAGGGAAUAACAUGACAAACCCAAAGUACUAUGCUGCAGUCGGGGGAGAGGUGGAUUGCAGCAGUAUCCUCAACUACCUCUUCUCACUGUCAGUGACUCCAUCUUGGAAUACCUUUGGGAAGCAGCGGGAAAUGUGCAUGUGGGUAGAGAUCAAAGGAGGCAAUGGUUCCAAGCCUUGCCAUAGGGCUGCCUCCAAGAACACAGAAGGAUGCCAGUUGCCACAGGUCCCUGCCCUGUGUCAUCUGUCUGCCCUUCAUUAAGGUGACAAAUCUGCAGAUAGCAUCAUUAAGAUCAGUUUUAAGGGGUAUAGGGAGGGUGAGGGAAGGUAGGGGGGUGUUAGGUAAGGGUGGGGGGGUAGAGGUUUUGGGAUGUCUUAGUUAGAAACCAGAUUAAUAGAAGAGUAGGCCUGAUAUAUUACAUCAUGAGCCAUAGUGGUGGGAGAGAACUUUAGCAAUAUAGCCCUACCCCCUCAUUUUAGUGAUGAGGAAUCUGAGAACUGGAGAGGUUCAGUGACUUUUUAAAAGUCACACAUCACAGCUAACCAUUAUGCCAAUCACCAUGCUUAUUUUGGGAAACUCUUAUCUUUUUUUAAUUCCAUUUUACGAAAAGACAUCUUCAUGGUCCAGGGAAUAUGUAUCUUGUAAAAUGUCCCUGGCUGGAGUAGCUUGUCCUGUCUUGACAAACUACUGAAUUUCUGUCUUGCCUCUCCUUCAGUGCCUUUUAAAAGGCUUUCCCUUUUCUGAUUUGCAUUACAACAUCGAGUCACAUAAAUGUCCCCCCUGAGAAACCAAUCCCACUUCUUACUAGGAGAUUGGGUGUCUUAGAUAAUCUUUUGGGGUUCCUCUGUGAGUAUAGUAAUGAUAUCUUUCCUAAUUAUCUUCCAAAGGAAUUAUUCUCUGUAUGUGUGUGUGUGUGUGUGUGUGUGUGUGUGUGUGUGUGUGUAGAGAGAGAGAGAGACAUAAAGGAAGGGUUAUGUGAUUUUCAGCUAGUCCUUUCACAUUUCCAAUAAUGAGGUAAUCAUGUUACAUACACAUUAGUCCUCAGUUAUAAAGUGAAUCUCAGAUAGAAAUUAAAACUGCAGUUGUGUUAAGACUCUUUCAUACUACCCUUUAGUCAUAAGGAGAAAAAUAACCUCAAAUAGUAGAAGCAGCAAGUAGCAAACUUCAGGAGAGCUACUUUCUAUCCAAAUAAAUAAUUUCAAAACACUUUUCAUCUACUCCUUUCAUGGUUAUAACACAUUGGCAGACUUUUUGCUGGCUCUAGGAACCAUGAUUUUAAUCACAUUCUGCAAGGUGACAAAUGUCAUACAUUCCACAUUGUGUGGUAGCCAUCUCUUUAGACUCAUGUGUUUGGGGGAAAGGAAGAAGUUCUUGGUUAAGUACUAUUUUGAACUUUCCAGAACCUAUCUGUCCUCUCAUACCAGAGACAGUUCCUCUCUGCUCAGUUUCCAAUCCCGGAUAAUUUGCUAAAAUAACAUUGUACAUCUAAGAGAGGAAAGAAGAGUAUGUCAGUAUAUUAUGCAGAAGAUAGAUACAGCCUUUUCAGAAGAUCUCCACUAGUUGUUGAUCCAAAAAUUCAACUUUAUGGGAGAAAUCUCAAUUAGCCACCUUUUCACAGCUGUGUGGAUGUAACAUUUGGGGGCUCUUUCUGGACUCCUACCUAUCUGUGCAUUUUACUGGCACCUCAGGAAAGGAGGGUGACCAGGUUGUCUUAGCUUGUACUGCUUGGUGGUCUCUGAGGACCUUCUAAGUCAGUUGUACCCCAAUGUUCCAUGUAUAGAAAAACUUCAUUAGAACAAACUUUACUUGAUAUGAAAUUCCUAUUAACAGUCUUUUUUGAAAUAAAAGUAGCUUGAGCUUUCUUUUAAAAUCAUGUAUCUUGAUUGUUGAUUUAAUGAAGGAUUUCCUUUUAAUGCUGCUUUUGAGCUUCAAGGUAAUAGGACAGCAGGAACCUAAAAUAUCUGCCAUCAUCUGCCAUAGGAAAGAUACCCAGAGACCCAUCAUAUUCUCUUUUUGUUGUUACACUGUUGAGUGGGUAUAACAAUUGGAAGAUGAGCAAACUGAUUGAUUGUGCAAACUACUUUUCAUGACAAGCCUAAACCCUCAUAAUGCGGCAGCUUAAAGUGUAGACAUAUGCACUAACUUUGAUCAAUUAUAUUCUCAUAUCUGUUAGCCACACAAUCUCCUAUUAUCUCAAUUGCUUAUGUGCAUAUGGAGUAUGUUACUUAAAACGUGUGCAUUCUUACUGAAAAUGUUUUCUAAGGAAGAUAUCAGUUGUGGGCUAAUUACCACCAAUUUCAGCCUGCCACGAUUCUUGGAAAUGUGUCUUCCAAGUGCCAUCCAUCAUCAGUAGGACAAGUGUCGGGAGUUUGUUUAUUUUUUUCCAGUAGCAACGAUGGGUUACAUGGAGCCAUGAAACCUCCUUCUGGCCUCCCUUGUGAUUAAUGGCAUGUGUUUGUAAAAUGGAUAGCUGGGGUUGGCAGAUGGCUAGAGAAGAAUCGCCUUUGGUUUAAAAUGUAUGUGGUCCCCUAAUGAUUGUGACCCCAUUCUGUAAUCAACUGAGCUAGUUCCAAUAAAGUUAAGCAGGUUUAAAUCCACUUUGUGCCUAUCUUUUCACUGACAAUAAAGUUAGCUAUUUUAAAAUGCA